AUGACAGCCGACCACAGUUUCUUCGAGCGACUGCCCUACACGCGGCCCAUGCCGCUUGGACUCCCCGUGGAUCACCAGGGGCCACCGCUGAGAGACGCGUUUGGACUGCCGUUUCAUUUCGACGCGAAGUACCUGGAUCCAUCAUACGGGCACCGGUACACCGGCCGCUUCUCUUACAUGCCUUUUCCCGGGACCCUGGGCGUGUAUGAUUACUCCUUCGAACCGGCGUUUAUUAGGAAACGGAACGAAAGGGAGAGACAGCGGGUCCGGUGCGUGAACGAGGGCUACGCGCGCCUCCGCGAGCAUCUUCCGCAGGAGUUUGAGGACAAAAGACUGAGCAAAGUCGAGACGCUGCGAGCGGCUAUAAACUACAUCAAACAUCUGCAAAGUCUGCUGGAUUGGGCUGCGGUUGAAGGCGCACCGGCGUCCCGGCCAAGUGUUCACCCAGAACCAGCGUCCCUCGCCGUGUAA